AUGCUCAACAUGUCAAACAUCAUGAGCAACCGCAAUAGCACCCCCGAGGCCGGCCACGUCUCCCUGAGACCCCCCUCCUCUCGAGCUGUUGGGGCGGGACUUGGCCGUGCCUCGGCCGACGUCGGUGCUCUCACCGGCCAAUCCUCGUCCCGCCCGAUCAGGCCCUCCUCCGAUUUCUACGGCCAGUCUCAGCAAGGCCAGGGCCAGGGCCCCGAUAUCGAUCCUCAGGACAAGCUUGCUCAGCAAUGGAUUGCCGACAUCGACCAGUACGAGACCACCCUUGAAGAGAUGGCUGCCGCUACACUCGACCAGGAUUUCAAGGAUGAGCUGAGUGCUAUCGAGCAAUGGUUCCGCGUCCUUAGUGAGGCCGAGCGGACUGCAGCUCUGUAUGCCCUGCUCCAGCAGACCACUCAGGUCCAAGUUCGCUUCUUCAUCCAGGUUCUGCAGCAGAUGGGCAAGAAUCAUCCCAUGUCGGGGGUACUCUCGCCUGCCAACUUUGAUAAAGAUCCGAUGACGAACCGCCUAAGCGAUGCGAUGAACAAGCUGAAUGUCGAUUCUACUCGACACUCCCUCGCCCGUCCCAGUGGCUCGGGAGCGAGCAAGAGACAUUCAGGCCUCGAUUCGUCAACCAUCAAUGCCAUGUUCCCAGAUGCUGCAGCCGCAAUCGCGACCGAAAAGGCAAAGUUCACCCAGCACACUGGCAAUCCCCCAACUUCCAACCGCAACAGCACGAUCGACAACCGGAACUCGCUGGCAGCACCCGCAAUCUCUGGUGCCAACGACGACAGUAAUGGGCAGAACCCGCAGUCGCCAUGGGGCCCCGGCGAUUCAUCACGGCCCAAGUCCUCUUCCGGCCAGCCUCCGAUGGGCCAGUUUGUCCAGCCGCCCCCAUCUGCCGGUCUCCGGUCGCCCAGGCCACAGAUCUCGGGCAACUCGAACAUUCAGAACACCACAAUAAUGGCAAGCGACAAAUCCGUUUCGGACCUCCCCCUGCUGUCCCCCUACGCCACCACCAGUGGAAACUGGGCCUCGAUGGUCAAUACCCCAAUGGUACCGAACUUCAACGCGAACCAGGGCAAUAAUCAGGCAGAUAUGGUUGCGAACGCCACAGCGAUGAAACUGGCAGCGCUGUCGACGGUCAACAACCGCUUCGCUCUGGACGAUGUGCGCAAGUACCGACGGGCUCGGUCGAAUGACGCCCCCGGCCAUAACCCCAAUCAAUUCUCGCCUGGUGCGCAGGGCGGCAACAUGCCUGGCAACAUUCCUGGGGCUAACGUUGUCAUGAUCAACGAGCACGGACAGGUCCUCAGCCGAGAACAGAUGAUAGCGAUUCAGAAUCAACAGGCGAUGGGAGGCUUUGGAGGCCACCGCUCCCGGCCGAGCUCUCCCGGCCUCGCCAUGCAGACUGGCUUUGGCCCAGCCAUGACCUUCACAUCACCGCAGAACAACGGUUUCCUGAGCGCCUAUGACGGCUCUUCCCCGCUAAUUAAUAAUGGACUGGCUCCAAUGAAUCUGGCCCAGCUCGGAUUGGGAGUCCAUCACGAGGGCUAUCUGUCGGACCACUCGGAUAUGGUCCGCGGCCGGUCCCCGCGCGGCCGACGGGGCAGCUCCAAGCCCCCCGAGGACCCGACAGACCCAGCCCUUCUGCAGGACAUUCCAAGUUGGCUGAGAAGUCUCCGCCUACACAAGUACACGGACAAUCUCAAGGACAUGAAGUGGACCGAUCUCAUCCAACUGGAUGACAAGCAGCUCGAGGAGCGAGGAGUCAACGCUCUCGGUGCCAGAAGAAAGAUGCUCAAGGUCUUUGAGCAGGUCAGGGGUAAGGCAACAACGCUGAGUCCGGGUGAGAUUCCCGAGAAGAACAAAAGCUAA